GCCCGAACCCAGGCGGGGGCCCCAGGCACGGAGGCUGAGGGACCUGCCGCGGCUCGGUCUCCGGAGAGGGAGGGCCCCGCUGCCGUCGCCGCCCGGCCGGUGCCCGACCAGAAGCCAGGGAGCCCUCAAUGACAACAGAUUCUCUGGACACCUCCACAGCCCUGUCCCCACUCAGCUGAGGCAGAGCCAGCACCAGCUCAGACACAAGGACGGAGCCCUUGGACUGCUGGGUUCCUUCCAGGGAGGUGGAGGAGAAAUCCAUCUGCUGGGGCCUGAGCGUGGCCUGGGGGCCAGGCCAUCGUUCCCGGAAUGCCCCUGCCUGAGCCCAGUGAGCAGGAGGGCGAGAGCGUGAAAGCCAGCCAGGAGCCCUCCCCUGAGCCCCCUGAGCCGGGCACAGAUGUCGUCCCCGCAGCCCCCAGGAAGCCCAGGAAGUUCUCCAAACUGGUGCUGCUGACGGCCUCCAAGGACAGUGCCAAAGUGGCGGGGGCCAAGCGCAAAGGAGUGCACUGCAUCAUGUCCCUGGGGGUGCCCGGCCCCGCCACCCUUGCCAAAGCCCUCCUCAAGAUCCAUCCCGAGGCUCAGCGGGCCAUCGAGGCCGCCCCCCAGGAGCCUGAGCAAAAACGCAGCAAGCUGGACACAGACGGAAAAGAAGACGGAAGGUUGGCAGGACAGCCUGCCCCCAGUCCCUUGGUGGAUGGGGAGGAGUCCACCAUGGGCCCCAUCGUGUCCAGGGAGGACCCGUAGCCCGGUUCCUGACAACCGAGGGUGCGAUCUGGCUGGGUCAGUGAACUUGGCUGCAACUUCUACACGUUCCACUGGGCUUCUGCCUGGGGCCCAGCCGCUGACUGAUUUUCACUUUCAACAUUGUAAUCUUUUUCUGAUCAAGCAUAAUUUACUUUUGUAAGCAGAAAAAAUAAAAUAAAAAGAGAAUAAAAGAAGCUGUACACUAGAUCCCACCAUGGAUAGGUUUUUAAAAUUCCAUGAUUCUGGGUCCUUUGAGGUCCCAGCUCCAACCCCCACCCCCCUGCUCCUGGGCCUCCCCAACCCUCACCAGCCCUUACCUGGCCCUGCUCCAGGGCUUCCUGACCUGGGCCAUCUCUCAGGCCCAGGAGGGCUCUCCAGUGGCCUCCAUCCCCCAGGGCCUCACACCCUGGGCCUCCUCAGCCUGGAAAACCCGACCACUGACUCAGAGACUAGGUGGAGUCUCUGAGGUUUUCACUUUCUGCUGCCUUUGGUGUCCAGCCCUGAACCCCUGGGAAGCCGAUCCUGCCCCUCUCUGGCUCUCCUUCCAGAGCCAGUUCCCAGGAGGCCUCAGCCUGCUUCUUCCUGCUGGACCCUCAGAAAGGCCACCUCCUCCAGGGAGUCACACAGGACUGACAGCCUCUGUGCACAGGGACCCUGAUGUCCAUGGCGGCCCAAGGUUCUGCUGAGGAGGUGAGCCUGCGGUGUGAGGGGGCACGCCUGACAGAAGUGUAUUGUGCCCCUGCCGUGUUCCUUCUGGGUGGUUUGGGGGCUGAGGGAGAUUCCUGGGAGCCUGAGCCCCUCCUCAGGUCCCCUGGGUGCUGCCCUGCUGGAGGAAAAGAUGAAGAAACACCGUUCCCCUCCUUCAACAAUAAGUCGGGGUCCCCUGAGAAAAGGCAUUGGCUUCAAGUUGCUUCAGCCCACGUGGUCCUCAUCAUUUGAAAACUGCCUUUGGGCAAAAGGAAAUGGAUUAUUUUUUAAAAGUAGAGUUUAGAGGACUUAUGUUUUCAAACAUUUUCCAAAUUUAAUCAGUAUCUGUUGACUCCCUCUUGGGAAAAGUGAGUUACGCAGCACAUCCUCAGGGCCCAACUCUCCAUUUUGCUGUGAU